GGUGAGACAGUAGCUCUGCAGCCUGUUACUGAGCAACAGAUCCAACCUGGCCUCCCAAACAAGAGCUCAGCCCUUGUAAAAGGUGAUUCGUUCGCACACAGGAUCAACUGCCUGCUCUCCCAGCCCAGCUUGCACAGUUAUUCAUGAAGCAAUUCCUGAUCAUCUUGGCUGUGUUUUCAGUGGUCGGCAUUGUGACUACAGAGAGGCCAUCAUGUCUGAAACGUGCAGCAUUUUCUUCUACAAACUUUGAGAACAUCCUGACAUGGGAAACUGAAGCAGGCAUUCCCCCUGGCACUGCGUUUGAUGUCCAAUAUAAACAGUAUGGAGAAAAAAUCUGGCUUAACAAGCGUGAGUGCCAGGGUAUCACACAGCCUUUCUGCAAUCUCAGCCGUGAAACAGAAAACUUCAUGGAGCAUUACUACGCCAGGGUGAGGGCCACUGGCCACAACUACUGCUCCUCCACCUGGGUGCGCUCGGAAAGAUUUGAGCCCAGAAAAGAGACUAUUAUUGGAGCACCAGAAGUGGAGUAUAUUCCUUAUGUGCGGUCCAUAAAGUUUCUUAUACGGCCCCCUUAUACUCCACUGAGAGGUGAGGAUGACCGCCAGCUAACCAUAGAGGACAUUUAUAGCAAAUUUGGUACUGUUGAUUAUCACUUAACAAUAUUCAACCAAAGGACGCACCAAAAGUGGAUGAAGCAUGCACACAACAAAGAAUUUGAAGUUUCCAACUUGGACCCAGACACUGAAUACAACGGAACAGUAUAUCUCUCUCUCCUCCAGAGAAGCAGCAAAUCCCAAGUAUUUUGGGUUAAAACACUAGCAGACAACACGUGGCUUCUCUACUGUUUCGUGGCACUCGCGUUCUGUGCCGGACUGGUGUUCGCUGCCAUUAGUUACGUGAUCUACAAAUACAUCAAGCGACACAGUGCCCAGCCCAUGGCGUUGGACUUCAGAGGGAUUUCAUCGUUCCAGCCUCUUACACUGACAGUGGAGCAUAUUAUAAAGCCCAUUAAUUUAUCCAAACCCUCACUUCUCAUCCCUGAAGUGCAGUUACCACAGAUCAGCCAACGUUUGGACAGAGCACUGGAGCCACGAUGGUCCUUCUGUCCACCACAAACUACCUAUCAGCAACAGAUGGACGUACCACCACUCCAGCUGCCCGCUCAGCCUCCCUGCUCGGCAAGUGCAGCUCCUACUAAUUAUGCUCCUCAAAUAGCUGAGCAAAGCGUUCCUACUGCCGCGUCCGGCAAAAUCCUGCCCCUGACCUACGGCGUGUGUGUCGAAGGCACAGACCAUGUUGGCAAGAAGAAUUUGCAGCCAAACCAAACGCUAAAGGAUGUUUCUCCAGAUGGUUUUGUUGGUGGAAAACUCAUAACCCAGAUGCUGGGCAAGAGCUGCAGCCAUUGGAAUUAUAAAGAACAGAGACCAAACUUGGCAUUGUGGGACAACAGUGACACAAGAAAGUCAGUUUUUUUGCAGGGGAGCCCUGGGCAAACACAGCAAGUGCUGUUGCAGACUGAUGGAAUGGAAAGUAAAGCACAUGGAUCCCAGCUGUCACUGUCUUUGCUGGAACAAGGAGGAUGCUAUAGAGGACAGACAGCAGAACUGCCACCGUUAUUGUCUUCAGUGGAAGUUGACACAGACUAUGUCACAGAGGAUAAAUCGCUGUCGUCUCUAUCAGCAGCCCUCCUCCUCUCAGUCGGUACUGGUAACAGCUUCCCUGGAGACAACUCAGAGCAGUGGAUGUUGCCAGAUUCAUUCUCACAUUCUGCAAAUAAAUUGCAGUUCCCAGAGACUCGAGAAAUAGAAAUGUUAACAGCAACAAAGGAGCUAAGCUGCACAAACCUGAGCAACGUUGUGUCCCACGACACUAUCUCAGACCGGGACAACAGCACUCCUCUCACUAUGCUGUUCAAAGAUUUGGACCUAAAAGUACUGUGGGAUCAGGAUGAAAAUAUAGAGUUUUAUUAG